UUCAUGUCUGUCGCUUCAGAGUCUGAACGAUUUCUUGGACAUCAAAACCACUUUAAACCUUCACACCAGACUAGCAGGAAAAGGAACAGCCAUGGACCCAACUUUGUAUGAUAAGAAGCCAGAGCCUGGAGAUCUAAUUGAAUUUUUCCGUGGGAUGUAUCAGCAUUGGGCUGUGUACAUUGGAGAUGGCUUUGUGAUUCACUUUGCACCUGACUCUGAAGUCCAAGGAGUGGGGAAUAGCGGCCUGAUGUCAGUGAGGCACAACAAGGUCAGGGUGAAGAAGGAGAAGCUCUCGGUUGUGGUGGGGUCUGACAAGUGGCGCGUUAAUAACAUCCUGGAUAAGAAGUUUGACGCCAGGCCUGUUGACCUGAUCCUGAAAGACGCAAGGCGGAUGGUGGGAGCAGAACUUCACUACAAUAUCGCCACGAAGAACUGUGAGCAUUUUGUCACAGACCUGAGAUACGGGAAGCCAGAGUCUCGCCAGGUGUGUCAGGCUGUGGAUGCUUGCUUGGUGUUGGGAGGCGCUGCGGCCAUCGCUCUUGUUGGAUUCUGUGGGAUUCGCGCCCUGGCAAAAGCCUUUAGAGAUGAAGAAAAAGAGAAGGAGAAGGAAUAUCAUUACUGAUCUGUACUAUCCACAAGAGAUGGGAAUGCUUUAUAAGCAGCCAUUCAACAGCAAGCUUAAUAGAUUAAUUAUUCAAACAGCGCUUCUAUACUCCUCUGAUUGAAUUGAUCAAUAACUGCCAAUAUCAGCUUUUAAAAAUUGAAAUUAACUUGGGUACUGAAUUUAUUGAGGAUGAUUGGAAAGCAACAGACUGACAGACUGAGGGAGACUCAGUAUAAGAUACUUCAUAGGCUGCAUAUCACCCCAGUUAU